UUUGCGAUUGUGAUGACAUUUUUAGGCUAUAAAUGUUAACAAUCUUAAAUAUGAUUGGGUGUAUAGAAUUAAGCUGCAAUUAUCCAUUCCUUCAAAUUUUUCGUCAUUAAUUGGGACUUUGUUAAAUAUCACAUGUUAUCAAUUUUGAGUGUUUUAAAGAAUCUCAAGUGCCAAAACCUUUCAAAACUUAAUCAUGACCCUCAUCAAGUACUUUGGUGUAUUAUUUUGGGCUGCAACAGCUAUAGUUUGUGGCCUAUUUCUCUUUACUAAUGGUUUUUUCCUGUGUAAAAAUACCAUAAUACAACUGAAUAACUGCUCCUUGGCUGUCACUCAGUCAUUUAAUUUUGAAAACCCCCUAAUUGCUAGCACUACAUGUCUGAAGCCACCAGCACGUAUCAUAGUAUUAAUUAUUGAUGCUUUGAAGUAUGAAUUUACUUUAAAUUUUAGUCAUGAAGAAGCUGCAGGCACUUACCAUAGGAACAAACUCCCCAUUUUUAGUGAAAUUUUACAAAAAUAUCCCAAAAACUCAAAGCUCUUUAAAUUUGUAGCAGAUCCACCAACGACUACAAUGCAAAGGUUGAAAGCCUUAACAACUGGAACCUUGCCAACUUUUAUAGAUAUUAAUAAGAAUUUUGCAGCAGAUGCAAUAGAAGAAGAUAACUUUAUUGUUCAAAAUGAAGCAAAUGGAAAUGUUGUCAUAGGAGAUAGCACAUGGAGUGAUUUAUAUCCAGGGAAGUUUCUUAGAGAUCAUACUGUAUAUUCUUUUGAUGUGUCAGAUCUUGACACUGUAGACAAAAGUGUUGAGAAGCACGUUUUCAAAGAAAUAAAAAAUAAUGAUUGGAAACUCAUGAUAGCUCAUACAUUAGGGAUCGAUCAUUGCGGACACACAUAUGGAAUGAAUCAUCCGCAAAUGUUAAGAAAGCUGAAUGAGACCAACAUUCUUGUUCAAAAUUUGAUCAAUGAAAUAAACAAAGACGAGGAAAAUACAGUAUUGUUCAUCAUGGGUGAUCAUGGAAUGACUAAAAGUGGAGAUCACGGUGGUGAAAGUUCAGAUGAAACUGAUGCAGCCUUGUUCGUAUAUUCUACGUUACCACUUGUAAGUCCACGCACAAGUUUAAAUGUUGCAUUGACAUCGACUGUUAAUCAAGUUGACAUUGUUCCCACGGUGUCAGUUAUUUUAGGCAUACCUAUUCCAUUUUCAAAUGUAGGGAAAGUUAUUAUUGAAGCGCUGCCUACUGAGGAAGCAACUAUGAGUAAAAAGUCAUUUAAUUUCAUUUUACAUUCUUUAUGGAGAAAUGUUGUUCAAGUACAAAAUUAUUUAAUCACUUACUCUAUUGAAAACUCUUUCUCUGCCCAAGACCAACUAGAAAAAAUUAAUGGGAUUUACAGUGAACUUUUACAACGAGUACCACUUGUCAAAUUUGAGAAAGACUUGAAAGACUUUAUUAACAUAGCCAAUGAAUAUUUUUUUACAGUAAGAAAAGUUUGCCUCAAAGAAUGGGUACAAUUUGAUAACAAUUUAAUGGCUAGAGGAAUGCUUGUGAUGUUUUUCUCUUUAUUCUCACUAUUUAUAAUAAUAACUGGAUUAAUUAGAGAACGAAUUCACUCAGUCUUACAUUCUUCAUUUUUAAUGCAUUUGUUUGUCAUAGUAAUGAUGAGUUUAGUAAUAAAUGUGAUAUUGUACUAUGUACAAAUUGUAAGUCACUUCCAAAACUCUUUACUUUUCACUUGCGGCUUGUCAUUGAUUGUUUGUUUCGCAAUUUUAUCCAUUAAAAACUGGGAUUGUAUAUCUGAUUCGUGGUAUGAACAAUCCAGGCGCAAAGAAAUUGUUGAUUUUCUCUCAAGGUUGGUAUUUUUAGUUAGUGCUUUUGGAGUUUUUUCAAAUAGCUAUAUCCUCGAAGAGAAUAAAAUCAUGUUGUUUUUUGUUAUCACGCUGUUUUGUCUUUUUUUUUACUCCAUACAUAGUAAGAGCUUAACAGACAGUAUUGAAAAAAAAGGAAAGGAACAGAGUAAGAAAACUUCUUUUAAAUCUAUGUCAUAUCUUCUAGUCUUGAUUGUAUGUAUUCUUAUUAGAAUGUCCAAAUUUUAUUGGCGGUAUAGACCAGAAGAUAUAAGUAGAAUGAAACAGAAUGAAUUAAACAAUACCCAAUAUAUUAUUGGAAAAAUGGGAUCUAUGACUUCACAACAGGAAGAAAUUUAUUUUGCAGUAACUGCAAUAGUUUUAUCGGUAAUAUAUUACAUUAUGUUUAAGUUGUGGCUUCAAAAAUGUGGUAAUUUAUCAGGGCAUUCUCCAGGUGUCAUCCUCAAUAAGUAUUUAACAAGAAUUGUAUUGGUAGUUACUUCUUGUUAUUGGAUAUUGAGAUUAAAAGUAUGUGAUAAAUUGAAACUAAAGAAUCUCAAUUCUUUUCCAAUUUUAAUUUAUAUAGUUGUGAGUAGUGCUCUAUGUGUAAUAUUUUGUUGGCCGUUAUCAGUUUUCUUAGUUUCAAGAGAAAAUGAAGUUAAAAUAAGAACGGAAGAGGCUACAGUACCAAAACUAUAUGAAAAGUUUAAAAAUACUCUUUACGUAAAAAAGAACGAAGAAAAAAAAGAAACUCCAAUAGUUUACGGGCUGGGAACUGUAUACAGUGCAUGUUUUAUUUCAGUUGGCAUGUUUUUAUGCCUUUUGUACAUACUCUUACUAGGAUUUCUAAUUGCUCCAAGUGUCAUUAUAAUGAACAUGGUUUGCGUUAUACUGUUAUAUGUCAGCGCUAUGGAUCGAAUUCAUUAUGCAAAAAGUUUAGAAGAACUGAUUCGUGUUCCCAAUAUGGUAAUAUUAUGUUGGUUUCUCAUAGCUGAGUACUUUUUCUUUGCCACUGGCCAUCAAGCAACGUUUUCGUCGAUUCACUGGGAUUCCGGUUUCAUCGGGAUUGACGGGUCAUUAUCAUCAGUAAUGUUCCUCCGAGCAGUACUUAUAACAAUCAAUACGUUUGGUUCAUACAUAAUUUUAGGAGUGAUGCUUCCUCUUCUGGUAAUUGCUCCCCUUACAAUGCGAUUUGUUUUCCCAAAUUUUACGAGAGCGAGUAAGACUUCGUUAAUAGAUGUUAAAAGAGGUGAACUAUUGCUUUUUCACAAUAGUGCUCUCUUCCACGCUGAAAUGUUUUCUGUCUGUGGAAAAUACAUCUUAUUUCACGCAUUUAAGGUGUUUGUUUGCAUGCUAGCCGUCACUCUACAUAGCCGUCAUCUGAUGGUGUGGGCUAUUUUUGCUCCAAAAUUUAUAUUCACAGGAAUAAGUUUUCUCGUUACGCUUGGCAGUAUUCUGACAUCACAGUUAUUACUAUUAAGGAUCGAAAAUAGUAUUGAACAAUUUUAUUCUAAAAUCUCGUAACUAUAAGACAUUAAAAAAAAAGCCCUUAUGAUAGUCACUCUUUAGGUUGAUCACCCUUUUUAGAUCUGAUUUUGAUUGAUUCAAAUGUAUCUAGUUUAAUUUAGUCCAAUUUAAUAUAAUGUAAUUUAAUCAAAUUUAUAAUAGACCAUUGUUAUGCGCUGAAAAAAUCAAAUACAUAUUUUUAUGUACAUGAUGUGACCAUAAUUUUUGAUACAUUAUAAGGUUAAUAU